AUGACAGAUCCGGGCGUAGUGCCUCCGAACUGGGGCUUUUACAUGGGUGACGAGACGAAAAGAAGAAGGUAUUGCAAAAUGUGCAACGUCUGGAAGCCUGACCGGACACACCACUGUAGUAUUUGCAAUCGCUGCAUCCUGAACAUGGAUCACCACUGCCCGUGGAUCAACAAUUGCGUGGGAUUCUACAACAGGAAGUUCUUUAUUCAGCUUUUGUCUUAUGUGUACCUGAGCCUGAUAAUAGUGGUGCUCUUUACCAUUCCAGAGAUGUAUGGGCGAGGAAUGGAGUUGACGAGGAAUCCAAACCAUUACAGCGAGUCCACCUUUUUUGUCCUGGAGACCGUAUUCCUGACGCUGGCGUUUUGCAUGGCAUUGUUAUUGAUUUGCACCCUCACCAACUUCAUAAAGUUUCACAUGAAGCUGGUGUUGGAAAACUACACCACCAUCGAGAAUCUUGAACGCGAGGAGGGCGCGAAGAGUAAAUUCGACAUUGGACGCCGCAGGACAGGGCGAAAUUGUGAGGGCUGCAUCGACAAGUGCUUUUUUACUGUAGGUCCUUGCUCCUAG